GCAAGAACACACUGUGCAUCUGGAUAUCUAUCUUCUCCCCCAAACAGCUCCACAAACUCUGAGAUGGAGCUCAUGGAGAAGGUGAAAAGGCUGGAGCAACUGCUUCUAAGAGCUCACAUGGUUGUUGAGGAGGCAGAUGGGAGAUAUAUCGCCAAUUCAUGGAUGCUCCUUCAUCUGAAGACGAUAGCCACAGCCAUGUACCAUGGCUACCAUGUGCUGGACACCGUCAAGUUCAAGAAGAACAAGGAAGAAGACAAUGAUCUGGUAAAUGACUCAUCUGCCUCGUGUUUUGCCAAUCCUCUCAAACGAUCCCGCACUUCUACUGUUUGUACCGAAAGAAAGAAGAAAUUCAGCAUGGAGUUACAAGAUGCACUGGAAAACCUAGAGGUUAUCAUUGGUGAUAUGAAUGAGUUUGUCAUCUUUCUAACUGGAUGCGAUCGCAUGACCCAUAAACCGUAUGAUACCUAUCUCUAUAUAGACAAUUUCAUGUUUGGUCGACAUGUCGAAAAGCAACAUCUCAUCAAUCUCUUGCUGGAGAACAACAUCUGUGGUCCUCCUGCAGUUAUUCCAAUUGUUGGAAGACGUGGAGUAGGGAAGAGAACACUUAUUAUGCAUGCAUGCAAUGAUGAGAGGGUUCGCUCUCAUUUCAAUCGUAUUUUUCACAUCAAUGGAGAGAAACUCGGGGAAAUUACAACCAAGAAUGGAGAUCUCUCAACCAGGACACUGGUAAUUGUUGAAUUUGCUUCAGAUGUUGAUGACAAUGACUGGAGAAAGUUUUAUUCGUCGCUUACGAGCCUUAACAGAGGAAACAAAGUGAUAAUCUUAACUAGAGUUAAGAAAUUGGUGAGAUUUGGAACUGUCAAGCCCAUUACUCUUGACAUAAUGGUGUAUGAGGAGUACAGGUACCUACUGAAGACACUCUCAUUUGGAAGUGCAAACCCAGCGGAUCAUCCACAGCUUGUUCCAAUAGUGGAGGAAUUAGCGAUGCUACUGGGAGGCAGACUCAUCCCAGCCAACAUAAUUGGAUAUGUAUUGAGAAAGGAUUUGAAUGUUCAGUUCUGGCUUUCCAAACUCAAAGGGGUCCGAUUUAGUAUCGAGAAUAACAUGUCAGUGUCUGGUAGCCAUCCAAACGAACUGUUUGAUCAGGGUCAUCCAGCACAUUUGAAGGAUUACAUAUUAUAUCCUGCUGCUAGUACCUCAAAUAAUGCUCCCAAAAAUGAUUUACCUUAUUUGAUAUUUGGCGACUUGCUAGCCAGUAAAAGUUUUCUACCGAAGGGAGAUUUCAAUCUAGUUUCAUGGGAGUCGAGGAUACCACCGUACACUUCAUUUGUUCACAUGGCUCGCUUUCGUCCAAGUUUUGCCCAAGAUGAAUUGGAAUCACCCUUGUUAGGAAGGAAGCAUCCAAGGCCACUUUCGUAGUCUUAUGAUGAAUAAAUUUGACAAAAUUCUGUGUGUCAUUGAUUAUAUAAUUUUUAUUCAAUCCCAUAGGUGCCCUUAGGCCACAUAGUAUGGAUCAAAACAAAAUCUAAUGGCUUGUAGGGAAUAGAGAGAAAAUCAGGAGCAUCUAAGGGUUUCAGUAAAAACCCAGGGCACGCGGAUAGUUCUCUCAACUUUAGCAUAUCACGAUGAGAUGUGAAAAACCUGUGGUGUAAUAUAGUAUUGUGUAAUAUAAACCCUUCCAAACUGAUCAUAUAUAACCCUCCU